AUGAAAAACUGUAGGAUACCGAUGAUUCUGGUCGUAGCAGGACGAGAUUUUUAUAAGAUUUUAAAUGUACCAAAAUCAGCAACAUUAAAUCAGAUUAAAAAAGCUUAUAGAAAAUUAGCAAAAGAAUUACAUCCAGAUAAAAAUAAAGAUGAUCCACAAGCACAAGAACGUUUUCAAGAUCUUGGAGCGGCUUAUGAGGCAUUAUCUGAUACAGAAAAACGAAAAGUUUAUGACAAAAGUGGAGAAGAAGGAUUAAAAAGGCAUGGUGGAGAGGAUGGUGGAUUUCAUGAUCCAUUUUCGAGCUUUUUUGGUGACUUUUUUCAUUUUGGUGGCGGUGGAGGAGGUGGUGGUGAAAGUAAUGUACCUCGUGGCGGUGAUGUCAAUUUGGAAAUAUUUGUUACACUUGAAGAAGUCUACAGUGGCAACUUCAUAGAGGUAGUACGUGCUAAACCGGUGGCAAAAACUACAAGUGGAAGUCGUCGAUGCAAUUGUCGAAUGGAAAUGCGUACAACACAGUUAGGACCAGGACGAUUUCAAAUGAUGCAAGAACAAGUGUGUGACGAUUGUCCGAAUAUAAAAUUUGUCACUGAAGAAAAAGUACUAGAAAUCGAAAUAGAACCGGGUAUUCCUGAUGGAUUUCAAUAUCCAUUUGUUGCUGAAGGAGAACCACAUAUUGAUGGAGAACCGGGUGACUUGAAAUUUAUUAUUCGAAUACAAAAACAUCGAAAAUUUGAACGAAAAAAUAAUGAUUUAUACACGAAUUUAACAAUAACAUUACAACAUGCAUUGAAUGGAUUUGAUAUUGAAUUUCCACAUUUAGAUGGUCACAAAGUGAAAUUAACACGUGAAAAAAUUACUUGGCCAGGUGCUAAAAUUAAGAAGAAAGGUGAAGGUCUACCGGCACAUGAGAGUAAUACAAUUGUUGGUGAUUUAUAUAUAACAAUAGAUGUUGACUUUCCAAAAGGUGAAUUCAAUUCAGAUCAACGAGAAGCUGUAAAAACGUUACUCAAUCAACAAUCAAAACAUAAUCUAUACAACGGUUUAUAA